CCGGGCCCCGGCCCCGCAGAGCGGGAGCGGGAGCGACGCCGCUCGAGGGCCCCGGCCCAGCAUGGGCCCCGCUCCGGGACCGCAGUUUGCUGCUCUUUUACCCUCCAUCAUUGUGGGGCCAACUGUUGAGUUGCCUCUGUCCACCCUGCCUGUGGCUUCUCCGUCUGCUGCCUUGGCCGAUGGAAGCAGCUGCUCUGGAAGUGCUUUGCAAGGAAGCAAGGCAAUCUUGGAAGAACUGAGAUGCUGAAACGCUUCUGAGACCCAAGGCUUUGUAGGAUGUGACAACUGUGGUAGAAGCUCCCUCUUUCUUCUGGAGAAGUGGACUCUGAACUUCAGACAUCUUGAGAUGCAGAUGCAAUCAUUUUAUAGUUUGCCCCCACAUUUCACCCUGGGGAUUAAUUUGCCAGGACGAUGAGACUCCCAGUCUUUGAUCCUAACAAUGUGCAACGGGGAGAUGUCCUGCCUGGCUUGUGAACUUGCACUCUCUUGGGCUGGGACUUGGCUCUGUCGCAGCUCCUCUCUGCACCGCUUAGAUCACCGCUCUCCUAUUGAGAACACCCGGCAGCCGGAGGCCCCUCACUGUCCAGGGACACGCUCUCCCAGAGGCUCCUUUAACAGCCCCCAAGGAUUUCUGCAGGCCAUAACAUCCCCCAGACAAGCCUUUCUUCUCCUCCAGCCUUUCUUCUGUCAAGGACCCCCCCGGGACGAGCAGCAUUGUCAGGAUGGUGCCAAUUAGACUGAGCUGGUUUCCAGCGGCUGUGCUGGCACCGAGCAGGGGGUUGCUGUGGCUCACAAAGGUUUCUUUGUCGGCGGCACGAUCUGGCUUUGUGAACAUGGCCACUUCAGCGAGGACAUCCCCAGUUGCCCUGUGGACACCAACGCCCGCUUCCUGGCUGGUAGGGAACACCACCGCUGCGGCAGAAGAAAAGUGUGUGUUCAACGAGGAGUUCAAGUUCAUCCUGCUACCCAUCUCCUACGCGUUCGUGUUUGUGGUGGGGCUGCUGCUCAAUUCUUGGGCCUUGUGGAUUUUCGUCUCCAGGAUGAGGCCAUGGAAUGCCACCACGACCUACAUGUUUAACCUGGCUGUCUCUGACACCCUCUACGUGCUCUCCCUCCCCACCUUGGUCUACUACUAUGCUGACCGCAACAACUGGCCGUUUGGGGAAGGGCUCUGCAAGAUAGUGCGCUUCCUUUUCUACGCGAACCUCUACAGCAGCAUCCUUUUCCUCACGUGUAUCAGUGUCCACCGCUACAUGGGCAUCUGUCACCCUAUCCGCUCCCUGAAGUGGGCGAAGACCAAGCAUGCGCGCCUCGUUUGCACGGGUGUGUGGCUUGUCGUCACUGUCUGCCUCAUCCCCAACCUCGUCUUUGUUACCAUCAGCUCCAGUGACAACAGCACCAUUUGCCACGACACCACCAAGCCCAAGGACUUCGAUCACUAUGUGCACUACAGCUCCUCCAUCAUGGCUCUCCUCUUCGGGGUGCCCUUCAUGGUCAUUGUCGUGUGCUACUGCCUGAUGGCCAAGAAGCUUUGCAAAUCCAGCUUCUCCAGCCCCAGCCCCCGAAUGCCCUCCUACAAGAAGCGCUCCAUCAAGAUGAUCAUCAUCGUGCUCACCGUCUUCGCGAUCUGCUUUGUGCCUUUCCACAUCACCCGGACCCUCUACUACACCUCCCGCUACUUCCAAGCGGACUGCCGGACCCUCAACAUCAUCAACUUCACCUACAAGAUCACGCGGCCCCUGGCCAGCAUCAACAGCUGCCUCGACCCCAUUUUGUACUUCAUGGCUGGGGACAAGUACCGGGGCAGGCUGCGCCGGGGGGCAGCCCAGAGGCCCCACCCGGGGCCCCAGUCUGCCCUGGCCCUGGUGUCCAGCUCCAAGGAGGAGGCCAUGGGCAGCAGCCGUGCCACCACCUACCGCAUCCGCGACGCCUGAGGGAAAGGGACAACGCGGAGGCAGAGGAGGGGGCCGAGAGCCUGUCGAGGGGGAGCCGGUGGGGUUGCAGCGUUGGUGUCAUCCCUAGUCUCUCUGACUUACACCCUCCCGGUGCUCUGGUGUCCUCUACAUCCCCGAACCCUUUCCCCUUGCCCUGCCCCUGCCCAGGGUCAGCCUCUGCCUCGGAGCCGGGACUGAAGCAGAGCCCUACAAGUCUGGGGGAGGAAGGAUAGGUCUGCAGCAACAUGCAGAAGGCAGAACUGGACUAGAUAAGGGCGAUGAGGAGCUCUCAGCGCAUUUUGGGUGCGGUUGGUGUGUGGGGUCUAAAGCUAGGCAAUGCUGAGGUCCCCCUUCCCACCAGGUCCAGGGGCCUGCAGACCUGGCCGAUGCCCAUGCCCAGGAUCUUGCCUGAGCUUCACCCGAAUGCUGCUUGCACAGGGGAGAGGGAAGUGGGAGCUGAACCGUCCAUCUGUCCAUGCUCCUUUUGCAGGGUAAAUCUUGUAGAUGAACCACUUGCCUUGCUUCCUUCAGUGCCCCAAGAACGGCGCGUGGGAGCUGGUCCACCGAAGCCGGGACACAGCCGUGCGAGUGGGGCCCUGCCACCGUGGCAAGCGGGAAGGGCGUGGGACAGGGAUGGAUGAGCAGCAGGGCGCCCGGCUGACAGCUGUGGCAUCCUGCGUGCGUUACAGAGGCUGUUAGAGAUGUUCCUGUCACAAUAUUGUCCUUGGGUGAGGCAAGGGAGUGACCCACUGUGGGGCUGGUGAUGCCUGCAGCACCAUCGUCCCCGUGCCCAGCUCGGGCAGUGACGGGGAAGCACUUGUUGCUAACCAGCCCACCAAUAAAGUGUAUUUUCUUUCUCUAAGCCCAGGCCUAUUUCUCCCCAUAUCAGAAGAAAUAAAUAUCAGGUGGUCACAUCAGACCACUUGCAAGGGGAUGUUGCAGGAAAGGGGGAGCCCACAUAGCACUUUUUCCUCCUUCUCCCUUCCCCGUGCAGUAU